AUGGAGAGUCCUUCCGAGUCGUCGGCAUCCAACGUCCGCCCUCCCGCUCGCCGGAAACGGGUGGUGACGGAAGCCCGGAGAGAGCAGAACCGCGUCGCCCAGCGGGCCUACCGUCGACGACAGAGAGAGGAGCGGCCGAAGAAGCCACGCCCGCAGACGUCCUACGUUACCCCGUCCUCCAACCCCUGUAAAAGCCACAGGACCCUCCUUCGCACGAUCCCAUUCCAUCACCAUCUUCGCGCGACCCUGCCUCCAGCUUUGCUUCCGAACAAUCCAAACCUCCUCCACCUCGUCGACGAUGCAGCACUGGAGGGAUUAAGCCUGUCGAGCCUUGCCGACCUACACCUGCAGCCAAGUGGCGACCCGUUAAACAUCGUGGGGAUCGACGCUCUCUUUCCAUUCGACUUUGACUCGGAGGGCGAGAAUAGUGUCUCUGACUGGCAGCUCCAAUCCUCUAGCCAACCACUACUGGCUGAGGGCAUCGCGGAAUCGGAUGAUGACAUAAACCACGUCGCAGAGGAUGACGGGCCGGCAUUUGCAGAUCCCUAUCUGAAUCGUACUCCUUUUGGUCCUUCUGUUCGCCCUUACCAUGAGCGAGGACCCGAAAGCCUUGCUGGAGGCCGUCUCGCAGCCUUCGAUCCCACCUCAUCUGCAGCCCACGUUGCCCCAGGUGCUGUUCCCCCUUCAUCCGAUUCUUGA